UCUUGAUAAUGCCGCGUGCAUUGGUGUGCGUGGGAGUUCAUCCAGGGGCCUAUAUAAAGGGCCGUUCAUUCACGGCGAGCACAUUAAGUUUUAACGAGAAGCUGCCGCCGGAUCCACCAGGUGUAAAAGUAGCCGACACCUGUACAGGAUAUACGUACACCCCGACCAAUGACCUGGCUCCUGAAGUCAGGAAAUCGAUAGAAUUAGACCAAUCCGACCAAGAUGCAGUCAAUGAAAGCCGAUGAACUGCCGGAGAAUCCGCGCGAGACGUCGAACAUCUUCUCGUCCCUGAUGUUCUGCUUUGCCAUGCCCACAUUCUUCAAGGGACGCAAAAAGACUCUGGAUGAGAAUGAUUUGUACCGGGCCUUACAGGAGCACAGAUCAGAUCACCUGGGCAGCAAGCUGAGCGAGGCGUGGGAGAAGGAGGUCGAGAAGAAGCGCAAAAAGAAGAAGACCCCCAGCCUGCUGAAGGCCUCCAUGAACGUGUUUGGCUGGCGCCUGGCCGGCCUAGGCCUGGUCCUCUUCAUCUUGGAGAUCGGUUUCCGAGUUACCCAGCCACUUUUCCUGGGCGGUCUGGUGGCCUACUAUGCGGACGCGAGCAACCAGGAAGGCGAUAACCAGACGAAGGCAUACCUCUACGCCCUGGGCGUGAUCUUGACAAGCGCCUGCAACGUGCUCUUCAUGCAUCCCUACAUGCUGGGCAUGUUCCACAUCGGCAUGAAGGCCAGAAUAGCCAUGACAAGCAUGAUAUAUCGGAAGGCGCUGCGAUUGAGUCGAACGGCGCUGGGCGAUACCACAAUUGGUCAGGUGGUCAAUCUCAUCUCCAACGAUGUGGGCCGGCUGGACGUCUCCGUCAUCCACAUGAACUAUUUAUGGCUGGGCCCGGUGGAGAUUGGCAUUAUCACGUACCUCAUGUACAGGGAGAUUGGCAUCUCCGCCUUCUUCGGCGUGGCGGUGAUGUUGCUGUUCAUACCCCUGCAGGCUUAUCUGGGCAAGAAGACCUCGGUGCUGCGACUGAAAACGGCUCUGCGGACGGAUGAACGAGUGCGCAUGAUGAACGAGAUCAUUUCGGGCAUCCAGGUGAUCAAGAUGUACGCGUGGGAGAUUCCCUUCAGCAAGAUGAUCAACUAUGUGCGCACCAAGGAGAUGAACGCCAUCCGCAACGUGAACUACAUCCGAGGUACGCUGCAAAGCUUCAUCAUGUUCGUCACGAGGAUAUCGGUGUUCGUGAGCUUGGUGGGAUUCGUGCUGCUUGGCAAGCUUCUGACCGCCGAGAAGGCCUUCGUGAUCACCGCCUACUACAAUAUCCUGCGCAACACCAUGACCGUCUACUUCCCCAUGGGAAUAUCCCAGUUUGCCGAGCUCUUGGUCUCCAUCCGGCGUAUCCAGACUUUCAUGCUGCACGAGGAGACGAAGGUGCGUGACAAGUCGGAGGAUCUGGACGAGCAGAAGCUGGGCAAGGCGGGUCUAAUUGCUGAACCCGCCGUGGCCCAGACCACUGGUGUCCUGAAGCCAAGUAGUCGGCGAACCAGCGAAGCGGAGCACAGUAUCGUCAUUAGCAAGCUGAAGGCCAAGUGGGAUCAGAAGAGCACGGACUACACGCUGGACAACAUCUCGCUUAAGUUCAAGCCCCGUCAACUUGUGGCAGUCAUUGGGCCAGUGGGCUCCGGAAAAUCCAGCUUGAUCCAGGCUGUUCUGGGAGAACUUAAUCCGGAUUCUGGUUCGGUCAAAGUCAAUGGCACUCUCUCCUACGCCUCUCAGGAGCCGUGGCUCUUCACCGGCACUGUGCGCCAGAACAUACUCUUUGGACUGCCCAUGGACAAGCAUCGCUACCGCACUGUGGUCAAAAGGUGUGCCCUGGAGCGGGACUUUGAGCUGCUGCCCUAUGCUGACAAGACUAUUGUAGGCGAGAGAGGAGCAUCUCUCUCUGGGGGACAGAAAGCACGUAUCAGUUUGGCCAGAGCUGUUUACCGGAAGGCUGACAUCUACCUGUUGGACGAUCCCCUGAGUGCCGUGGACACCCAUGUCGGACGUCAUCUGUUCGAUCAGUGCAUGCGUGGAUUCCUGCGCGAGGAAAUCGUUCUGCUUGUGACCCAUCAACUGCAGUUCCUGGAACAGGCCGACGUUAUUGUGAUCAUGGACAAGGGCAAGAUCAGCGCUAUGGGAACCUACGAGUCCAUGGCCAAGAGCGGCCUGGACUUCGCCCAGAUGUUAACGGAUCCCAGCAAGAAGGAUGAGGGUGCCGGCGAUGCCCCGGACAAGAAGAGUCUCUCGCGGCAGAACAGUAAAUUGCGCGACCGACACGGUAGCAUCUCCUCCAUGGAAUCUGCAGCCGAGUCCUUGGCCGCAGAGUCACCCAUGCAGACGCAGGAAGGCCGCGUGGAGGGACGCAUAGGAAUGAAGCUCUACAAGAAGUACUUUGGAGCGAACGGCUACGGACUGUUUAUCGUGUUUGCGUUCUUCUGCAUAGGUGCCCAGGUGCUCGCCUCUGGUGGUGAUCUCUUCUUGUCCUACUGGGUGAACAAAAAUGGUGAAGCAGAGCGCGACACAUUUAUGGCCAGAUUGAGACGCGCCUUUCCCGAAACCCGCAUCAACGCCGACACCGAUCCUGUGGACAUCUACUACUUUACGGGUAUCAAUGUGUCUGUGAUCAUCUUCUCGCUGGUGCGGAGCAUGCUCUUCUUCUACCUGGCAAUGCGCAGCUCCACGACACUGCACAACACGAUGUUCCAAGGUGUGACCCGAGCGGCGAUGCACUUCUUCAACACCAACCCCUCCGGACGCAUCCUCAAUCGCUUCUCCAAGGACUUGGGUCAAGUGGACGAGAUUCUUCCCUCCGUGAUGAUGGACGUGAUGCAGAUCUUCCUCGCCAUCUUGGGCAUCGUUGUCGUCCUGUGCAUUGUUAACGUAUGGUACAUCCUGGCCACGGUUUUCCUUGUGAUCGUUUUCUACAUCCUACGCGUCUUCUAUCUGAACACAUCCCGAGAUGUAAAGCGGCUCGAAGCUGUCACACGGUCCCCCAUUUACUCCCAUUUGAGUGCUUCCCUUAAUGGCCUGGCCACCAUCCGAGCAUUUGGAGCGCAGAAGGAACUGAUUGCCGAGUUCGACAACUACCAGGAUAUGCACAGCUCUGGCUACUAUAUGUUCCUUGCUACGAGUCGAGCCUUUGGGUACUGGCUGGACUGCGUUUGUGUCGUCUACAUCGCCGUAAUCACACUGAGCUUCUUCCUGUUCUCCCCGGAGAACGGUGGUGAUGUCGGUCUGGCCAUUACCCAAGCCAUGGGCAUGACCGGUAUGGUCCAGUGGGGAAUGAGACAAUCGGCAGAGCUGGAGAACACGAUGACGGCAGUGGAGCGAGUGGUGGAGUAUGAGGAUCUUGAGCCGGAGGGUGACUUCGAGUCCAAGCCAAAUAAGAAACCGCCAAAGGAUUGGCCAGAGGAUGGAAAGAUCGUGUUCGACGACCUUUCGCUGAAGUACUUCCCCGAUAAGGCGGCCGACUACGUGCUCCGAUCUCUGAACAUUGCGAUCGAGGGUUGCGAAAAGGUGGGCAUUGUGGGACGCACUGGUGCCGGCAAAUCUUCGCUGAUCAACGCUCUGUUCCGUCUGUCCUACAACGAGGGUGCCAUCCUGAUCGACAGGCGCGAUACCAACGACCUGGGGCUGCACGAUCUGCGCAGCAAGAUCUCCAUUAUUCCUCAGGAGCCGGUGCUGUUCUCGGGCACAAUGCGUUACAAUCUGGAUCCCUUCGACGAGUAUAGCGACGCCAAGCUGUGGGAGUCUCUGGAGGAGGUUAAGCUUAAGCAAGUGGUGGCUGAUCUUCCCAGUGGCUUGCAGAGCAAGAUAUCCGAAGGGGGUACCAACUUCAGCGUGGGUCAGCGCCAGCUCGUGUGCCUAGCUAGGGCCAUUCUCCGAGAGAAUCGCAUUCUGGUGAUGGACGAGGCAACGGCUAACGUGGAUCCGCAAACGGAUGCUCUUAUCCAGACGACAAUUAGGAACAAAUUCAAGGACUGCACGGUGCUCACAAUUGCCCAUCGCUUGCAUACGGUUAUGGACUCGGACAAGGUGCUGGUAAUGGACGCUGGAAAGGCGGUGGAGUUCGGAUCUCCGUUCGAGCUGCUCACAACCAGCGAGAAGAAGGUGUUCCACAGCAUGGUGAAGCAGACAGGAGACUCGACUUUCGAUGCCCUGCUGAAGGUUGCCCAAAAGGCCCAUGACGACAACCUGCGGCUCAAGAAGGAUUCUUGACAUUUCGCCGUGCCGAAGGCUUUUAAAGACUACAUACUUAAGAUACUGGAACCAAUUACGAAUCAUCCGGCGGCCAAUGCGGGUAUUCAGAAGACCUUCCUCUUUGCGGAGGCCUCCAAGCAGAAGUUGUUAGGAUAGCACGCCAUCAGCGGCACCAGCAGACAUCCACACUGAGCGGCCGCUGAGGAACUUUUUACAAUACGUGUACAAAUCAUAUUAAUUGUUAGUCAGGUGUAUAAAACUAGGAAAUCAAAAAGCAAGACAAUAAGCUGAUGUUAGAGGAGCGUAGGAGUAAAUGUUUUUGUACCUUAAAAAAGAUUGAUAUAAAAUGCAAAUUGUGCAAUAAUUAAUUUAGCUGAACUUUGUGCAUUGGCCUUCAAAAGGUCGCAUUGCAUUUGUAUUAUGUGUUCCAGUAAAACGACAAUAACAACCUUAAAGAAAAAAAAUCAAAAAACCCCAAAAAAAGGAAAAAAUUAAAAGAGAAUUCUAUGAAAUGUUACGCCUAGUAUAGUAUAUGAGUGUUUUUAUAGUAAUUUAUUAAUGUACAGGUAUACAAUAAAUGUAACAGCUCGGUUGGUUCUUUUGUUAAAACGUU